UCAGUAUAAAUUUCGAAGUGAGAACGCCAAGAUCAUCAUUCUGACACAAGCUAACGUAGGAUAAAGUAGCGAAUCCGUUGUGCUUUACUGUGAACUUUACUGUGACCAUGCCUCCUAAAAGCGCAUCCGGUGGGAAAGCCGUGAAGAGGGUCGACAAGGCCUCCAAAUUGGUGAAAUCCGACAAGAAGCGGUCCAAGAAACGCAAGGAAUCUUACGCCAUUUACAUCUACAAGGUGCUCAAACAAGUCCAUCCCGACACCGGUAUUUCAUCCAAGGCCAUGUCUAUCAUGAAUUCGUUCGUCAACGACAUCUUUGAGCGGAUUGCGGGCGAGGCCUCCAAAUUGGCCCACUACAACAAGCGCUCCACCAUCACAUCCAGAGAGGUCCAAACGGCUGUGCGGCUGCUACUGCCGGGCGAAUUGGCCAAACAUGCCGUGUCCGAGGGCACUAAGGCUGUGACGAAGUACACUGCCGGAAAGUAACUCGCCCAGGUCUCCUUGAGUAUCAUUGAUCUUUCGUCCAUUUCGCAAUAAAUAAUGUGCAAGCA